UGAAAGCCUACAAGGAGAUUUUCACCAUCCAUCGUCGCUCUGAAGCUUGUUCAACCCACAGGCCACAGGAAAGUGAAGCAAUGUGACCAUGGCCGCACAGCUGCGACUAGAAGUCCAUGGUGACACACGCUGGCUCACGUCACAAGACCUGGUGGACGAACUCGAAAGGCGUAAUAUCUGUGUGAACGUGGUCGGUCGUUAUGAAACCCGAACUGGACUGGAGUUCAUCGUGGAGGCACCAUGGGACGUGCUCACCACGCUUCUCCAUCAUCCCGGGACGAUCAAGGGCUUGAGUAUUUCCGCUGCACCUCACGCGCCAUCAGUGAGCUAUGGCAGCUAUGAGAAGCGACAGCAGCGCCCAGCAGAGCAGCCUGACCACAGUUCAUCCACUCAGCACACCCCAGGGCCAAGUGCACAGCCCACACCACGGCCUAGAGCCAGGAAGAGAACCGGAAGUGCGGUGCAAGAUGAACAAGCGGGGAAACCCAGUUCACUCCAUGCCGCUAGCAGUCAACAUCCUCCUCUGCAUACCACACCAGACACCCACAGUAGACCUGGGCAGGCACCGUCAAAUUUUUCCACACCCCCUGCCGAGUCAGCUCAUGCUCCAGACUCCCGCCGUGCCACACCAAGACGCCCACCUGGAGUUGAUGAAGAUUGGAGCAGGCCCCCCAGCGCUGGUGGCCACUUUGCUGCCAGAGAAGUCGAGCCUUCACAUGAUCGCCCAUCAUCUGGCUUGCAGUAUGGAUACUCGCAGGGACAGCCCUGGGAACACGAGCACAGCUAUGCUGACAAGGAUGCACAUGACCGUGUGGAGAACGAGAGCCGCACACCACAUCAGUACUCCACACCUGGUACAAAUCACCCCGGUAGAGGAGCUGCUCCGGGGGCAGGUAACAACCACAGGCCGUACCAGAACACACCAUAUCAGCCGCAACCAAUGUCAAACAGUGGUGUUUUUGCCGGACCCGGUUCUGGUGGAGCAGCCGGCAGUGACAAGCUGUUCAAUUCCACCUACCCUCAACCAAAUGGCAGUCGUACCCAUGCUUGGUCUGACCAUUCUGAGACUCCAAAGUAUGGUGAGAGCAUUGCGCCUAGCCCAGCGAGCCCAUCUGCUGCUGCUGUCAGCCCACCAAGCGCCGACGAUCAAGCCGAGGUUCUGGUCACUGGCGUACCAUGUGAAAAGUGGAAACUCGUGCCAAUGUACUUCAAGAGAAGGAUGAAGGCAAGCCGAAUGACUGGUCAUGACAACCUACAGAUGAAGGAGCUGAAGUGUGAGACAAAGGUGGUGAUUGCCUUUCCUAGCAAGGCUGCUGCAGACAUGUUUGUUACCGAGUCCAAGCAUGAAACUGGUGGUUACGCGUUUACUGUGAGCUCCUUCGACACUGCAUCCGCGGAGAAUGCAGUUCACAUGUGUAACUUGUCACAAUGCGAUAAAGACUUCAUUGAAAUGGUCAUCUGUGAUGAGCUUGGUGAUGAUCCCAUACGGUCAAUUGACAUUAACAGCCAGCUGCGCCAGGCUGUCAUUGAAUUCCGCAAUGAAGGAGAUGCUGACAAGGUUUCUGCUUUGGAACCACAGGCGCUGGAGCUCCUAGGUACUGAUGUCAAAGUGGCUAAAGUGUGCCUUCAACUUACGCUGAUUGCUGGUGGACUGAAUAGCUUACCUGAGAGAUCAGUCGAUAUGUAUUUCCGGAGUGGCGCAGCUGGCGGGAGCAAGCUUGUGCAAGUGAAAAACAGACAAGAAAAUGGAGUUGCGCUGAUCCUUUGCCCUGACAAGUAUGUGGCUGCGUCCCUGACCGAUCGAGAGCAUCAUAUCAUCGACAACAUUCUCACUGUGCGGCCAUUCUCACUGGAAGCAAUGCAAUCCAUCCUGGCGCCAACCAAUGAGACAGCGGGGCAAGUAGUACCUUGCGAGGAGCAGGCUGUCACUGAACAGACCAAGUCAACAUCUGCGACCACUGAAUACAUGGACGAUCAUCUGCUUGUUCUUGACAUACCAGGUGACAUCAGCUGGGAGCAAGGCAAGCUGAAGUUCUACAUGGCUGGAAUGGCUGGUAUCAAACCAUCUGACAUCCAUCCACCGCCUGAGUUCCGAUUUGACCGUGCCCUUUUCCGGUUCAGAGCAUCAAUUGACUUCGACCUCAUUGAAUCCAGCUGCGCAGACUCGCCAUUCGACGAAGUAGGACGGCGCUAUUUGCGAGUUCGCAGAGUCAAGUCACCAUGCUCCCUGUACGCGAAGUUCCCGGGCGAGCGUGACGAGGUUGAGUCUGAUGCUUGGGAGUUGCUCAGGCCAUCAAACCCAGUGGCCGUGACUAAGCAAUCGCGAGAUAGCGUCAGAGUUACCUAUGAUGACCCAGCAGCUGCAAGGACUGCCAAGACCAGCUCUGCCAUGUCCGGCAAUCAACUUGAAUGUUCGGAACAGUUUGAGGGUUUCCAUUUCCCUGCUCGUGAAGAUGACGAGAGAAAGAUGCGACUGAGCAGCAUGCCUGAGAAGGUGGAACAGCCUAUACCUAACACAAAGGCUGCAUUCCUGAAGUCCUGCAAACCAUUCAAGGAAAUGCUGGUCAAGGAACUUCAUGAUAUCCAUGCAGAGUUCACCAUCAAUGGAGAUCACAUUGUGGUGCGGCCUGGAAGCAAAGCGCUAUACAUAACACACUGGGUAGAGGCUGUCAAUGCGGCUUUAGCACAUGCCUUCAAGCUGGUCCAGGAGGCCAAAGUGGCUGUGCCAGUCGAAUACCAUGACAUGCUGCUGGACUGGUGUUCCGAAACACUGCUGCCAAACAACACUGAAGUGGUUGCGAACCCAGAGGAGGCAUGCCUGCAUGUGUUCAGUGUGGAAACUGACGCAUCUCAGUUUGUAUCACUACUCGCCAAACAAGCAAAGAGCACGACCAAAAAAGGAACAAGCGACAUUGGCAACGUCAAGGAAGAUGUGCUGGAGCUGCUGAAGAUGGCUGGAUGCAUAGAGAAUAUUCAGACCGCAACACGGGUGGAAAGCAUUGUGGAAGAAGAGAUCAAACCAGGCAUAUUCAAACUCACCAUCUCGGGCCAAGAAAAGAGGGUGACCGAUGCUUCAAACCAGCUCAAGCAGGCUAUCAAGGAAGUAAAGACGACGGUAUUGACGUUUGAAAAUGAACAUGUUCGUCAACUAAUGCGCUCUGAAGCUGGUUUAGACUACAUCAGGCAGUGUCUCGAAGGAACGAAGUGCCGCUUGAGAACUACCAAAGGGCAAAGUCAGCGAGCAAAAGUGGAAGUUCUCUACCAUGAAGCUGAUGAGUAUGAAUAUGACCAAGCUGUGGAAGACAUUCAUGCGUCCCUCACAUUCACUGAGAUCGGCAUGGACAAGAGUGAACUGACAGCAGUUAAUCGUUUUGAUCUCAAGUCCGCCAUUCUGGAAUCCAGAGCAGAGUUGGAAGCUAGAUUGUUUCAAGUACACACUGAUAAGCGCACAUCAAGUAUUCACAUCUGCGGUGAAAAGAGCGCCGUUUCCGAAUGUGAAGAAGAGGUCAGGGUCAUUCUUGAAUCAAGGGGACGACAGACGGUGGUGUUUAAACUGCGUGCGUCCCAGUUUCAAUUCAUGAAGGAACACUAUGGCGAACAGAUAGAGACACUGAAAGCUAAAUCGUCUACAGUUCACUUUGCUGACCGCAACAACCGUAUUGAGCUCAAAGGACCAAGUGAAGAUGUUGAGGCAGCUCACGCCGAGCUCAAAACUUUGGCUGCACGGUACCAUGUGCAGAAGUUUCCAAUGGCAAUGCCGGGCUUAAAGGACCAUCUGAACAACGCCGAGUACAAAGCGCAGGUUGUAGACGAGGGGAGGAACUCCAAUGUGGACGUUGACAUCAUGUCCCGGAGUGAAGCCGAGAUGGAAAGUGAAGAGGAAUCCUCAGACGAUGGCGAGGCUGACGAAGUGCCCAAUGGCUUGGCCAAACACAACCCAGGAAGCGCCCAACUUAUGGCGACGUACAGUCUGCCGGCAGGAAAGCAACUAUUGGUGUACAAAGGUGAUAUCACCAAGUUUCACUGCUCGGCCAUGACAAAUGCAUGCAAUGAACGCCUUCAACAUGGUGCAGGAGUGGCAGGGGCCAUAUCCCGGGCCGGUGGUCCGGAUAUUCAACGAGAUUCAUCUCGCCAUGUUCGGCAAGUCAGCGGUGGCCAGUUGUCCGUAUCCGCUGUGUAUCGCACAAGAACUGUUGGUCGUCUACCCUGCAAGGUCUUGCUACACGCCGUGGGGCCCAGAUGGGACCGUCAUCAGCAGCAGAAGUGCCGAUCGCAGCUUGCUGAAUGCAUGCAGAACGUCCUACAGGAGUCCCAAGACCUGGACACUGUAGCCGUGCCCGCAAUCUCCUCAUUGAUUUUCGGCUUUCCAGACGAGAUCUGUGCCAGUGAGCUGGCCAAUGCCACGGUGUCAUGGCUGAGUGAAAACCCAGCUUGCCGUUUGAAGAAGGUUGUGUUCAUUGACCUCAGGCCCGAAAUACUUGAACUACUGAGUUCAGAAUUGGCCCAGUGCUGCGAAGGUACAGACAUGGCUGCCCAGGAAAUGCUGAAUGAGCCACCAUCACACCAGCGGCCCAAGCCAAAGUCACGAAAAAAGUCAAGAGCGGCACCUGAGAACCCAGGGAUCUUCAACAAAGUGAAAAUGGCGGCAGCAUACUUCUUGCCCCAGAAGGCAGCGCAGCCUACACGUAUCUGCAAGCUCUCGCCGAAUGGAAAGGGCUUGACCACUCCAGAGGGAGUUGCUAUCGAAGUUCAACAAGGAGAUAUUUCUCUUUGUCAGGCUGAUGCCAUUGUCAAUUCGUGCGGAUCAAGUUUGCAGAUGAAUGGAGCUGGUCCUACUGCCGCAGCUAUCAGCAGAGCAGCAGGGUCUCGUCUGCAAAAAGAAUGUUCCAAGAUUGUACAGCUGGCCGGUACAUUCAAGGUGACCAAGGGAUACAAUCUACAAGCCAGCCACGUGUACCAUGCUGUCCUGCCGAAUUAUUCUGGGCACGAUUCAGAGCAGGUGUUGGAGACGGCUGCGAUCAACAUCAUGAGGGAUUCUAACGAGAAAGGCCUGGCUUCACUUGCUCUGCCUUCGUUGGGUGCCGGUAACAGUCACUACCCUCCCGGACGUGUUGCUGAGAUUCUCAUCGGCUCUGUGGUCAAGUUCAGCAAGUCGACGUCAGUGCCACGAUUGCGCAAGAUAAUCCUGUGCAUCUUUGAUCCGAACAUGCACUCCAUCUUCCUAGAUGAGAUAUCAACCACAUGCGACAAUGGGGCAGGUGAUGGCGACUCGAGCCCCGACAGCUCCUCUAGUUCAGAUCAAUACUCCGAUGAAGAUUCUCAGGCGCCUUUGCAAAACCGCCGAGCAACUCUGGGUGCUCAGUCUGGCCAGCACCGCAGCAGGACUCAACAGCCGGGACCACGGAAACGGACCACGUCCAAUCGUCCAGCUACACCUCCACUUCACAACGUUACAGUUGCACAGGGUGACAUCACGGGUGAGCAAGUUGACGCCAUCGUCAUCACUGCGAUGAGCGGCCUGGACAUGUCCAAGGCGAACAUGUCCAAGAAUGUAGCAAGAGUGGCAGGCCCAGGGGUUCAAGGUGAGCUGAACACGAUAAAUGGCCGCGGCAAGAAGAAGACCAAUCCUGGUCAAGUGAUUAAGACCAGUGCUGGCAGUUUACACAGCAAGUACAUCCUACACGCCGUUAUGGAGUAUGCUGAAAAGACCUCUUCACCCACAGACUUCCUCAAAGCCAUCGUUACCAAGUGUCUGGAUGAGGCCAGCAAACUCCGAUGUACCUCAAUUGCAAUUCCUGCCUUGGGUGCUGGUGGCCUGAAUUACUCUGUGCAAGAUUGCGUGCAGGCAACGUUUGCAGCCAUCGAAGCUUUCGACUCACAGGCUGGAUCGAGUACAGUGCAGACCAUACGACUUGUGAUGUAUGACCAAAGGCAUGUUCCUCCAUUCCAGGCUCACCUGGACCAAGUGCGGUCGGCUUCUGGCGUGACGAACAGACCGGCUACCCGGACACAACGUAGUUUGGUGAAUAAACCAUCAUCCAAUGCUGCUGCUGCUGCUGCUGCUGCAUGCAUUACAACCAAGGUUAAACAAGCUGACAUUGCAACAGAGAAUGUGGCUGCUAUCGUCACAACAGUCAUGCCCGAUCUGCAGAUGAAAAGCGCAGGAAUGUCGAAAGCCAUCUUAGCCGUGGCUGGUGACUCCGUCCAGAAGUCACUGGAUGGCAGAAAAGCCAAGCUGAAAACUGCUGCUACGCCAGGACAGGUGUAUGAUACAUCGGGUGGAAACCUGAAAAACAUCAAGCACAUCCUUCACGCUGUAAUGAACUAUGCAUCAAAGGUAGCAAAUCAAAAGCAAUUCAUAGAAGAUGUUGUCCUGGGGUGCCUGGAGAAAGCAAGCCAGCUAAACUGCCCCUCCAUCGCCAUUCCAGCACUCGGAGCGGGUGGCCUUGGCUUUGAUGUGACACACUGUGCCGACGGCACAAUGAAUGCCAUAAGAAAGUUCAGUGCUCAGUCCAUGGCACGGACCAGCUUGAAGUCUAUCCUCCUGGUGGUGUACGCACCUAAUCACCUGCAACCGUUCCAGCUAGCUGUCCAGAGCACCGCACAAGCCAUGGUGUCAGUUGGUGCACCGCCUCCAUCUCACCCAACCACUCUUCAGGACGAGUUCGAAGUCACCGCAGAGACUAUUAGCAGGCAAGAGGAAGUCGAUGAGCUUGACUUUGAAGAGGAUGAUGACGAUGAAGAUGAUGCGCUUGACCAGGACCUGGAUACUGAUCCAAGGGCAGUACGCAAACAGGAUCGACUUGACCGAAUGGCAUACAAAAACAACUCCGAAUUCGAGGAGCAAGAGGUCAUCUUCAAGCUCACUGGCCCUGAUAGUAGAUCCACUCGGUCGACACAGAAGCGAAUCCAGAGCCGAAUCAGUAGCACUCUGAAAUCAUCCAUCUUUCAACAUCCAGACAUGGAACUUCUGUCGGCUUCUGAUGAAAUGCAGAUUGAGUUGGGAGCUGAGAAUCGCAGUGUCCUGUUGAGAUACAAGGACACUAACACAAUUGUCCUACAUGGCAACACAUCAGACAUGGCUCUGGUACAGGCACAAAUUGCUGAAAAGUGUAACAGUGCACAAAGUCAACUUCGGCUGGAGGAAAGUCGUCAACGUGAAGCUGGCUUCGAAAGGCUGGCAAAUAAGAAGCAGAAAGAAGCUGAAGCAACAAAGCGCAAAGCAGUAGAGUACUUGAAGAAAAAGAAAGACCCCUUUCCACCGUACUGGACGGCCAGCGGCAAGGAGCGAUACCAACUAGUGGACCUUCAAUCAACAGACCGUGAAUACAAGGAAGCAGUGGAGUUGUUUCGCAAGACAGCCACAAACAACAUAACACGUGUGCAGCGUGUAGAGAAUCCAAACUUCUACGGUCGCUUCAAGGCGGUAGUUUCAGAUCAGAAAAACAAAGAGCAGCACUGCAGUGGCAAGUGUGACAUUAAGAAGCUGUGGCAUGGUACUGUUGAUGACAGCGUCGAGAUGAUCACAAAUACUGGCUGGGAAAGAAAUUUUGCAGCAGGACGUGUCGGUGCUAUUUAUGGCCGAGGGAACUAUUUCGCGCGUGAUGCUUGUUACUCAGUCAAUUACGCAGCUCCUCCAACUGGCUCGUCUACAUGUCGAAUGAUACUGGCUCAUGUUGCUGUUCUUGAUAUGGUGCAAGGUCAUGAUAAGUUGUUCGUACCACCGUGGAGAGAGGAUGGCAAUCACGAGAAAGGAAAGGUGAGCGUCGCUGUGGAUAAUGUCAGCAAUCCUUCGAUCUUUGUCACCUACAUGGACGGCCAGGCGUAUCCUGCUUAUCUGGUUCAUUUUACAAAGUAGAGUCAGUGUGGUAUGAUUCAUCUCACCCCCCCCCCCCCCCCACACACACACACACAACACACACCUCACCGGAAGUUUCACGAUGUCACGAACCUCUGCUACAGCUGGUGCAGAGGCUGUUAAUUUGAAUUUGACCUCACCAUGAAGCAAUGCACUUCAGCAGUUUGUUGAUUCUUCCAUUCAUUUCCACAAUAUUUCCCAGCUGUUUUCUACAAGAUGCAGUGUGCGAGCUCACCGCUUCUCUUGGUCUGCCUCACUCUCCCUUACCUGCCCCUGCCUGAUGCUCUCUCUCUCUCUCUCUCUCUCUCUCUCUCUCUCUCUCUCUCUCUCUCUCUCUCUCUCUCUCUCUCUCUCUCUCUCUCACUCACACACACACACACACACACACACACACACACACACACACACACACACACAUACACACACACACACACUCACACACACGCACACACACACACACACACACACACACACACUAUCUCUAUCUCUCUCUCUCUCUCUCUCUCUCUCUCUCUCUCUCUCUCUCUCUCUCUCUUCAAUCUAGAUAGUGAAUGUAGGUGAAAGGAAUUUGCACCCGGUUGGGUGUAUUCUGCGCUAGCAGACCCACCCUCCCAAUACUUUCCCUUGUGUCUUUUUUUUAGUAUUCUGUAAUUUCUGUUAUCACUGGUUGGGAUCAGAUAUUAUCAUGAUUAUUCUAUUUUGGCAGUGUCCAGCCCUAAGUUCCUAUGCAUGUCUUACAUGUUCUAGCUGUGCAUAUACACACUUAGUCCUGUCUAUCCUCACGUAUUAGCGUCAGCAGCAUUGUACUGCUUGUAGACCACAGUGUACAUUGCACAGUAUUCUAGCUAGCCGCUUGCGUUUCAGUGCUGCUAUCGAGUACACCUUCGCCGAUGAGGAGCCGCUUCCCGUUGGCUACAUACUAAUUAUGAUGUGCAUGAGGGAAUGACUGCAGACCAAUGCUGCAUCAGGGGUGUCGGAACCGGUGCGGCAGGUGCGGCCAAAGUCGCACCAAUACUUUUAUCUUGUGAUUUAUGAAGCAAUGAAAUAUGGGCUAUUUGGGUCCAAUUUUCCUAAAACAUCCCCCCCCCCCCCACCGCCGCCUUUUUUCAUUAUUCGUACCAAUGCAGAAUACCGUCCGACAUCAUGUGCAUGUACCCUUUCCCCCUUUUCUUUGCAAUCUGCUUUUGCAACAAUUUUGUGUUCGCAUAUUGCCCAAUUUGGAGACAUCACUUAGCAUUUUUUUUUACUGUAGAAUUUGUUUCUCUUGUUACUUUUCAUUUGCCAUGACGGUGUUGGUCUUCGUGUACACUCAAGAUAAUACUUUGAAGUAAUGAUUGUCACGAUGUUGGA